CGGUGUGUGCACCAAGACUGUUUUGCUUGGUUGUAGUGGUAAAAGGGAAUCAACAGUGGGACUGGAGACUGGGGAAAAAAGUGUGGAUGUGUGUCCAUAUCAGCGAGAUCGAUCAGAGCUCCCCCGUCAAUAUUAUUUCAGGACAUAAAGGGGUUGACAAGGCGUGUUUGGGCUCCCCCCUACACGGUACACAGCGAACAUUACUGAAAUUUAACUAACAAUUAGCUAGCUAGCUACAAGAUCGAGAAGAGGAAUACAACAGGGGACCCCUUCCAUCAAGCACUAUCGCCAUCUCCCGCACUUCGAGCAAUUGCCGUGUCUUCCUUACGAUGGGAAACGCUGCUACCGCCAAGAAAGGCAAUGAGCUAGAGAGCGAGACUUUUGUGAAAGAGUUCCUAGCCAAAGCCAAAGAAGAUUUUUUAAGAAAAUGGGAGUGUCCACCACAGUGCACAACUGGUCUAGAUGACUUUGAGAGGCAAAAAACUCUUGGCACUGGCUCAUUCGGAAGAGUUAUGUUGGUGAAACAUAAAGGAACGGAGCAGUACUACGCAAUGAAGAUCCUGGACAAGCAGAAGGUGGUGAAACUGAAGCAGAUCGAACACACACUAAAUGAGAAGAGAAUAUUGCAGGCUGUGUCCUUCCCAUUUCUUGUCAGAUUGGAGUAUGCCUUCAAGGACAAUUCCAAUUUAUACAUGGUGAUGGAGUAUGUUCCAGGUGGAGAAAUGUUUUCACAUCUUAGGCGAAUUGGACGGUUCAGUGAACCUCACGCACGAUUUUAUGCAGCUCAGAUAGUACUGACAUUCGAGUACCUCCAUUCACUAGACCUUAUCUACAGAGAUCUCAAACCCGAAAAUCUUCUAAUUGAUCAACAUGGGUACAUCCAGGUCACAGACUUUGGCUUUGCCAAAAGAGUAAAAGGGAGGACUUGGACGUUGUGUGGGACACCAGAGUACCUGGCACCAGAGAUCAUCCUUAGCAAGGGCUACAACAAAGCUGUGGACUGGUGGGCACUGGGGGUUCUAAUCUACGAAAUGGCAGCUGGCUAUCCCCCAUUCUUUGCAGAUCAGCCUAUCCAGAUCUAUGAGAAAAUUGUGUCAGGAAAGGUACGAUUCCCCUCUCACUUCAGCUCAGACUUGAAAGACCUCCUGAGGAACUUGCUUCAGGUGGACCUGACCAAGCGUUAUGGCAAUCUGAAGAAUGGAGUAAAUGACAUUAAAAACCACAAGUGGUUCGCCACAACAGAUUGGAUUGCCAUCUAUGAAAGGAAGGUGGAGGCCCCUUUCAUACCAAAGUGCAGAGGCCCUGGAGAUACAAGCAACUUCGAUGACUAUGAAGAGGAAGACAUCCGUGUCUCUCUUACAGAAAAAUGUGGAAAAGAGUUUUCAGAAUUUUAGCGUGACAGUAGGGUUGCAUCAGGGCUCGUGUGUAUUGGGAAAUUUGCACUCUGCGUAGAAAUGGGGUGGAGCUGAGACCAUCAUGUUUGUUCAUACAAUUACCUUGUUCCUUCAUUCCACAAGACUGAAUGAGGUCCUUAUUGCCAUUAUCCUUGUGUGCAGUUAGCUCUAACUCAUUCACAGGCACAUUGAAGCAGACACUCCGUGUGCUGCAACACAAAGUACUAGACCACAUUUUUCUCUCCCCUCUGUUUUUAAACAGUUGUCGCUGUCUUGGAAAGUUGUUUUCCCCUUUUUUAAACCAAGUGGUAUUUUUAUGUAAAUGGGAAAGACUACUAUCAGUGAAAUAACGUUUUUAUGUCGGCACAUCAUAAAAAGUGAUUGAUUGUAUUGGGCAGAAUUUCACUCAAGUCUCGCUUGUGUGAGAUUUAAGUUGGAUUGAAAGGUGUGUGUUUCUUCCAGCUCUUGCCAGCAAACAGUUUAUGUCUGUUACAUGUCUGAGAUUAUUAUAUAUAUUUUUUAAGUUAAAUGAAAGCCUGUUUUAGCUCAGACUAUAUUCUUUAAACAUUUUGGGCAUCUAUCAGAAGUAGUAAUUGUUCUUAAUGCAUUUGUGUAUAUUGAUCAAAUACAAUUUUAAAACACCUUGUGUGUUUAAACCAUGACCAAACUAGAAAUAUAUGGAUGACUGAAAGGGAAGAUCAGGCUUCUCUGGGGUUUUCCCGAAAACCCAGUGCCACUUAGCGCCAAGGUUUUCUUCCUUCAGUUAAUUGGUACUUGGCUCUUGAAAUAGCUGGAUACUAUAGAGUUCGGAAGACUUUAUUAUUAGCAGAAAAGCCUCAGCAGAAGAUAGGUCAUUUGUAGCAGUGUUUUACGGGUUUGUCAAUCCAUGGAUAGUCUCCUUUGAACUCCUUUGACCCGUGUAUCAAAAUAUUUGGUAAUUAAAAAUGUGGGAAAUGAGACAAUUUCAGGCACACCAAAAAAUAACAGUACUACAAUGAAAUUAAUCAGCUUUUAUGUUGCUGAGUAGUUGUGCACAGUAUUUCAUAUAAGAAUGGAAUAUUGCUAAAUUGAGUUGUCCAUUGUUUGUUAUAAAAUGUAUGAAAAGGAUUACUGCCUAGUUUUGCCUGUGGAACAGUGUUGGUAAAACUGGACGUAGGAUGUGCAUUAACUAUGUUUUGCUCGAUUAUGAGUUUAAUGCUUAAUUUGUUUUGCAGAAGUUCUCAAAAGAGAUUGUAAAACUGCCAUAUUUCCCAGUUUUCCAUUUUACUCCAGCAUUUCUGUUUUAGUUUGUUUCAUUCUUAUGACAGAAUGCAGAGUGGCAACUAGUAGGUAUGUGUAUUAAGUUAUAUUCACACCAACUAAAACAAAAUUUCACAUGCUGACUUUAGCCAGCUUCAGCACCUUUCUAUCACGUUUAAUUCUUUGUUAAACUCAUUUC